UGCUAGGUGCCUAGUGGAAUUCCACAACACUCCAGCGCACGGCCUCAAGGCCUCAACGUUCAACCCUCUCAACCGGAAAUGCUUUCGUUUUCACAACUACCCCAGGAAGUCCUUGAAGACAUUGCUUACUUUGCAGCGACGGAAUCGCGGGUUGGCCCACCAUUGGAUCUUCCACCACUGCUGAGAACAUGUCGGAAUAUCUAUCAGCGCCUGUCAUUCGAGAACAACCCCGUACUCUACGCUCGCACAUUCACUUUCAAAUUCGACACCCGAGCUGCACUUAGGCGUUUAGGUUCAUCUAUAAGCUUUCCAAGGACCCUUGCCAUCGAGCUGCGGAAGAGAUUCACGCAUUUGAAGUUAAUCCGAGCAGGAGCCGGAGCCAGAGUUCACUACCACUCGGCGGAACAUGGUGAAUCUCCGAGUUAUUUGCGCGACCUACUCUGGUUAGCCUAUUUGAUGAUGCUGGAGAACGAUGGCAAGAAUGAACGGCAGCUUCGGGAGUAUGCGAACAUGGAGACCUGGUUGAUAGACUACUGGUUUGACGAGAAAGGCGCAUCAUUGGCGUCGCACCGGAUCAGUCGGGACCAGUGGCCUCUGGAAGAUGAGAAAAACUCGUUGGCAAUGUGGUUGCUAUGGUUCCUCGUUCGUCCAGAUUCGUUGCCUCGGACCCCAACUAACUAUCGCGCCCUGAUAAGUACAUUGAAACUUACAGCUUUAGCAGCCAAUCGUUACGCCAUAUGUGAGCCUUCGUGGGCGGAAUUUACUUUAGAAUCGAGAGCGACGGCUUCAAGCUUUACUCAUUUUUCCGAGACAUACUUCGUAGCAACUCCAACACUUGCUCCGGCAGCCAUACUCGCCUACUUCACAUUCGCCUUGCAGUUGCUUUCGCGCGGCGCCACAAACCACUUACCCAAGGCUCUCUCCAGUAUUCCACUGGACUCGAGGAAAAGCGAGGACUGGGAUGCUGACUGGCAAAGGUGUAUCAACCUAGCUCAACCCAGCGUGCCGUUGGCACUGUCAUACAUACCCGGAUCACUCGAAGGCAUAUGGGAAGGCCUUUUUACAUAUACAGAGUUCGACGUAUACUCGUCUCUAUUAUCAGGCGGUCUCCCCCCUGUCUUGCGCAAUUGCCAGGUUGCACAACACCGUCAGACAUGGAAAUUACGCGAAUAUCACUUACUGGGCUCGCCAGAGUCUCUCGAGAAUAUUCAACCCCUGGGACUGGGCGAUGCUCUCAGAGCGUUCUUUCCAUCUGACGUUCGUCUACGAGAAUUUUCAGAAUUUCUGGAGGUUUACACGCCAGGAAUGGAAGAGGUCAUUCAUUACAGGCGAUCAUUGCGCACUAGAACGCGCGAGCAAUUAAUCUGUGAUAUCAUAGUUAUCGGCGAGGGUCAUUCCGCUUGGGGUCAGUUUAAUUUGUAUGGUCGUAUUCGUCCGCUGGAUGGACUGGUGAGCCUGUUGAAGGAAUACGUCGGUGGUGAUCGGGGGAGAUGGUUGUAUCGUGGGUUUCUUGUUGGGAAUAGCGACGGUCAUUUGUCUGGACGUUGGCGGGACGCUCUUAGUCCCUCUCACGUCCAAAGUUAUGAGGGUUGUUUCGUAAUGAGCAGGCGGUAUUAGAUUUAUCGAGAUAUUCUGUCCUCAAGCAUAUAACUGGCCCGUUACAUGAGUAAUGUCCUUCUAACUUGUUUUAUAGGUAUUCGGGAUUUUUCCGCGGAUUUUGAUCGUGCUA